CUAAGAGUGAACUAGACUUGCUGGCCGUUGUGGUUAUUUGUAGUAUGGCAUGUGCACCAUCGAAGAAAUUCAAAUGUGGUCGUGAAGGCUGCACACUCAGCUUCUCUCGCGCUCACGAAGUGGCAAGGCACAGGCGGACGCAUACACGCGCGUCGAUUGUCGUACCCCCUCCAGAUUCGGCGGACAGUGCUAAGACAGGUGGUGAGACGGGUCAACCGGCCAAUAAUGUUGUUCAACAGGAGAUGUUUUUGCCCAACCCGGCCGUGCAAAUCCAUGGAGCUGGGCUGCCGAUGAACACAACAAGCAACAACAUGCAACUCUAUGAUAUGCCGAAACCUUUCGGUGGCAACGAUGCGGGUUCGCUUCGUAUUAUAACUGGCAAUUUAUAUCAGGACUUAGAAUUUUUACAACGUUUAGAUCUCAAAUCCAUUCCUUUGACUCCGCCUAGCAAUGCUCUUGGGAUGGAGGAGAUGCAUCCUUACACGACCGACGUCUUCGUCACACCACCGGUGCCAGGCGGUAUGGGCACGGCAGCAGCAGAACUUGACUUGCUAGAAGCAUCAGCGACCAUGGAUGUCGCACCUUUCAAUCUCACUGAUGGCGCAGGUCAGGACGCCAUCCUCCAGCAUCUGACCCCUUCAGGGCCACAGUCCGAGUCACAAUUGUCCGAGUCACAAUCAUAUUCUUAUCGACACAUACAACGUGCUCAAUCAUCAUUCUUGCAAGACCAAACAAGCUCUUUAGUCAGAAGUAGCGGGCAAAUAACGCAGACAUCACCUCAAUGCCGGAAUCUGGGAAGUGACAUGGCUGGUGCACCAGUUGAUGGUGGGAAUGACGAUACGUUCCCAAGAUUCCCAUCCGUUCCAUUAUUGUCAGGGUCAAAAGUUUCUCUGCCGGAUGAUCAGGUAGCAAUGGGCUCAUUAGCUACCACCAACCCGCCUUCCGGGUCUGCUGGUGCUGAUGCCACCAUAAGCCCUAACCAGAAGCACCAGCAGCACCAGCAGCAGCGGCAGCAGCAACAGUACACUAUGACCGCUGGUGUAGUGGGACAAGAAGAUGCCACAGCUUCAAUUGCAAAUAUUUCCAUGGUGCAUGGGGCCGGCUGGCAUGAGUUUCCUUCGACUCACGGGAUUGGGUAUUCACAUGGUUCCUCGUGGAUGACGACGCCACCAGUCAAUACGGUGCCAGCUACUGACAAUCACGAAGAAGAGAUUUGCAGCGUGAGACUGUCAUCGAGUGGUGGAUCUAUACCAUGGAAGCACCGGCCAUUGAACCAUGUAUGUGAUUAUGGGGACUGCACUCGCCGCUUCCGAAGCAGUUUCAAACUGACCCGGCACAUGCGUACACAUACAGGUGAAAAGCCUUUUCAAUGUGGAAUCUGUCAGCGCGAUUUUACAAGGCUGGACAACCUGAACGAGCACAAGGUCACACAUACUCGUGAGAAACCAUACCAGUGUGUGUUGUGCCCCAAAAGAUUUGGUUGGGAGCGGAGUAUGCGUCGACACAUGAAGGUUCACCAACAGCGAGAAUCAAGACCAACCCCAGGCGUGCAUCACGGAGACUCUCCGGGACGUGUCGGUGCACCUUCCGUUUCAAACAUGGUGAGCUUGGCAUCACUUUCAGUAAUAAAUGCAACUGGACAGUCAUCUGAAGCAGUCACUGCGUCGCCUAUUAGUGCAGCCUCCGUUGCGUCUUCGAAUAGCACUGCUGCAUCGACGGGCACCACCACCUCCGUCGACGCACAGCAACAGUUAACCAUGGCAGGCCCAUCCACGGUACAGCAACAGCAACAGAUACAUUAUCUGCAGCAACAGCAACCAGAACACCAGCAUAUGGCAUUUGUACCAUCGAAGAAAUAUGGUCGUGAAGGCUGCACACUCAGCUUCUGUCGCGCUCACGAGGUGGCAAGGCACAGGCGUAGGCAUACACGCGCGUUGCUUGGCACACCCCAUCCCGAUUCGGCGAAUAGUGCUAAGACAGGUAGUGAGCCUGGUCAACCGGCCAAUAAUGUUGUUCAACAAGAGAUGUUUUUGUCGAACCCGGCCGUGCAAGGCCAUGGAGCUGGGCUGCCGAUGAACGCAACAAGCAACAACAUGCAACUCUAUGAUAUGCCGAAGGGUUGCGGUGGCGACGAUGCGGGAUUGCUCCGUAUCAUAUCUGGGAAUAUAUAUCAGGACAUGGAAGUUUUACAGCGUUUGGCUCUCGAAUCUAUCCCUUUGACUCCCCCUAGCAAUGCUUUUGGGAUGGAGGAAAUACAGCUCUACACGACCGACGUCUUCGUCACACCACCAGUGGCAGGCGGUAUGGGCACUGCGGCAUCAGAACCUGACUUGCUAGAAGCAUCGGCGACCAUGGAUGCGGCGCCUUUCAAUUUCACUGAUUUCACCCACACUGAUGGCGCAAGUGUGGACACCAUCCUCCAACAUCUUGCGCCUUCAGGGCCACAGUCCGAGUCACAACCAUAUUCUCAUCUACACACGCAACUUGCUCGAUCAGCAUUGUUGCAAGAUAAGCCGAGCUCUUUAGUCACAAGUAGCGGGCACCAAACUCAGGCUUCACCUCAAUGCCAGAAACUGGAAAGUGACAUGGCUGGUAAACCCGUUGUUGGUGGGAAUGCAGAUACCUUCCCAAGGUUCCCAUACGUUCCAUUAUUGUCACCGUUAAAAAAUUUUCUGCCGGGUGAUCAGCUAGCAAUGGGCCCAUUAGCUACCAACAUCCCGGCUGCCGGGAGUGUUGGUACUGAUGCCACCAUUAGCCCUAACCAGAGGCACCAGCAGCAGCGGCAGCAGCGACAGUACACUAUGACCGCUGGUGUAAUGGGACACCAAGAUACCACAGCUUCCCUUGCAAACAUUUCCAUUGUUCAGGGUGCCAGCACUGAUACGUUUCCCUCGACUCGCGAAAUUGAGGAUGCACAUGGUUUGAGUUCCUCGGGGAUGACGUCACCGCCACGUAAUACGGUGCCAGCUACCUACAAUCACGAAGAACAGAUUUGCCGCGUGAAACUGUCACCGAAAGGUGGAUCGCGACCAUCGAAGCACCGGCCAUGGACACAUGUAUGUGGUUAUGAGGGCUGCACUCGCCGUUUCCAAUACAGUUGCAACCUGACCCGGCACAUGCGUACACAUACAGGCGAGAAGCCCUUUGAAUGUGGAAUCUGUAAGCGCAAUUUUUCAGUGCUGUCAAACCUGGAAGAGCACAAGCUUACACAUACCGGUGAGAAACCAUACCAGUGUGUGUUGUGCCCUACAAGGUUUACUCGGGCGAGGGACAGGCGUCGACACAUGAAGGUUCACCAACGGCGAGAAUCAAGACCAACACCAGGCGUGCAUCACAGAAACUCUCCUGGACAUGUUGGUGGCGCACCUUCCGUUACAAGCAUGUUGAGCUCGGCAUUACUUUCAGUAGUGAGUGCAGAUGGACAGUCAUCUGAAACAGUCACUGCGUCGCCACUUAGUGCAGCCUCUGUUACAUCUUCGAAUAGCACUGCUGCAUCGACGGGUACCACCACCUCCGUCGUCGCACAGCAACCAGUAACCAUGGCAGGCUCAUCCACGGUAAAUAUACAGCAACAGCAGCAGAUACAUUAUCUGCAGCACCAGCAACCAGAACACCAGCAGCAGCACCACCAGGAAUUUAUAUGUGGCCAUGAAGGCGUGCAGGACGAGCACUAUCGAGGUCGUGCUGGUAUGCCUUCGUUUCCAAACAUGGCUAACAGACCAUCACUUCCGGUGCUGAGUGCGGCUGGACAGUUCUCUGCCACAGCCAAUGUCCCGACUUUUAGUGCAGAUGCUGCUGGAUCUUCUAGCCCUGCUGCAUCAACAACACCCGCCGGCCCCGCCGCCAUGCAGCAAGAAGCAACCAUGAGGGGCUCAUUCAUGGGAAGCGUACUGCAGCAGCAGUGGCAACACUAUCUUUAGCAACAGCAGCCCGAACAUCAGCAGCAGCACCACCAACACCACAGGCAGCAGCAACUAGUUCCAGCGCAGAGUAGUGGCAUAACUGGUGAAACGGAAAAAGGCACAACGGGUUCAACACCAUCAAAUGAUUAUGCUAUCCUUGGAAUGCCCCUAUCUCCAUCGGUAUAGGUGCUGUACGUUCUAUGUGUCGAUGUCGGUCUUAGUAUAGAGUAAGUAUGCCUGAGCUGGUACUGCAUUGUGCUGGUCCAGUUCUAGGGUUCGGCGUAGCACUGACUGCAUGCCAGAACCGUGCACUUUCCCCUUUAGUUAUCGAGUUUUUGUGACCAAUCAGACUUUGUCUCGUACCUGCUGAUAACGUUCUACCGCUCACUCCACCUACAUGUGCAUGGUUUCAUGAAUACGUGUCUACUGUAUUAUGGUCUGAUGUAUGUCUACAUUUAUUUGUCGUUGGUUUGCCAAUAUCAUGAACAUACAUCCGCAUAUGUAUGUCUGCAGUCACCCGUGCAUCGUACUAGAUGAAAAACAUGUGUUGUUCCAGGAACACGGGACACUUGCCUCGUAAAAAUUACAGAAUCCGAGAUGUACUCCAGCGGUCGUAGUACACUCGCCUAUUGAAAACCCUUCUCAUAUUUUGUGCACGCCUUACCAUUUACCAAGCAGC